AAAGGCUGCACGGACCGUGUGCUCUGCUACAAUCGAGACAAAAGCGAGAUGUCUGUUCGAGGAUAAAGUGCGAUUGUGUCGCUUGGAUUGUGACUAUUCUACUAUAUUUUCACUAAUGGCGAUCUGAUAUGUGAAGUAUUGAUCAGGUCGAUGCUAGCUAGAGCCAUGAGCGGUCUAUUGAAGAGGAAGUAUGAGGAGGUCUAUGAUGAGGACCAGUGCUACUCCUCUUCCUCCUCAGCCUACUCCGGAUGGGACUCGGAGGGGGAGAGCUGCUACUCAGACACCCUUGACUCAACACCCAGCAACCCUGGCUCUCCAGACACACAUUACAACAUCAAGUCCAUCCUGAAGAAGGCUAAGUCUGAGCAGGGUGGGCGGGGCAACGUGACCUUUGACACGGUGACAGUGUUUCUCUUCCCGCGGUGCCAGGGCUUCAGCAGCGUGCCCAGUAGAGGGGGCUGUUCCCUGGGCAUGAUGCAGCGCCACAGCGCCCUCCGCAGGUACACCCUGGAUGAGUACGCUGUGGAGCAACGUAUCCUCCGUCGGGAGAAACUCCUCAACCGCCUCCGAGAGGAGAAACUGGAUGCUCUCAAACAGAAGCUGACUACGGGAGGCACGGUGGAGUCAGAGGAGGCUGACCGCCUCACCGUCGAAGACAUCCCAGAGGACGAGAUGGACAUUAGCAGCUGUAACCUAGACGACGGCUCCUUCCUCCACCCCUACCCCUCCAAGAGGAGACAAGCCCUGCUGAAGGCUGCGGGGGUGAAGAUGGAUAAGGAGGAGAAGAGGCAGCUCCAGCAGCUGAGAGUGUCCAGGGAGGACUGUGGCUGUGACUGCCAGGGCUUCUGUGAGCCAGAGACCUGCGCCUGCAGCCUGGCAGGCAUCAAGUGUCAGAUGGACCACUCGUCAUUUCCCUGCGGCUGCACUAAGGAUGGCUGCUGUAACCUGGAAGGGCGUAUAGAGUUCAACUCCAGCCGGGUUCAGACCCACUACAUCCACACCAUCAUGAAGCUAGAGCUGGAGAAGAGACUGGAGGAGACGUCUGGACCAGAGGAAGAGGAUCUGGGAGAGACCGCCCCAUGUCACUACUACAACAACCCCUUGUCCGACCUCCCCUCCAUCCCAGACCGCCCCUCCUUCCACUUCAGUUCAAAGCUGGCGGCGGUCAGGGAGAACAGCUGUAGUAGCGACAUGACCGACUCCUCUGCCUCCUCUGGGGGGAGUGAAUACUCGGAGGAAGGGGUGGAGUUAGGGCGGCGCUCCCGGGAGGACGGCCCCCUGCUGGAUGAUGUGGAUGAGAACGGACUGAGCCGCAUCCUCAGCUUCAGCGACAUCGACGACAACGACGACUACAAUGUAAAUAACCGCGUUGUCAAUGACAACCGCUGCUGCCCCGAGCAACGUCUACAGCAACAGCCGUGGAUGUUGACAGGGUUUAGCACGGCAGACUUCCCAGAGGAUAAUGACAAUCUAGAGGUGCACAGAGACAACCGGGCCAUGGCCAUAUCACAACUGUUAGAUGAUAACGCUAACCAAGGCAACGCUCUGUUCCACUGCAGUGUCCCCAAUGUGCCCUCUUCCUCAGUAGACUGCCCCAACACCCCCUCUUCCUCAGUAGACUGCCCCAACACCCCCUCUUCCUCAGUAGACUGCCCCAACACCCCCUCUUCCUCAGUAGACUGCCCCAACACCCCCUCUUCCUCAGUAGACUGCCCCAACACCCCCUCUUCCUCAGUAGACUGCCCCAACACCCCCUCUUCCUCAGUAGACUGCCCCAACACCCCCUCUUCCUCAGUAGACUGCCCCAACACCCCCUCUUCCUCAGUAGACUGCCCCAACACCCCCUCUUCCUCAGUAGACUGCCCCAACACCCCCUCUUCCUCAGUAGAUGGCACCGCUGCCAGCCUGUCCUCAGUAGAUGGCACCGCUGCCAGCCUGUCCUCAGUAGAUGGCACCGCUGCCAGCCUGUCCUCAGUAGAUGGCACCGCUGCCAGCCUGUCCUCAGUGGAUGGCACCGCUGCCAGCCUGUCCUCAGUGGAUGGCACCGCUGCCAGCCUGUCCUCAGUGGAUGGCACCGCUGCCAGCCUGUCCUCAGUGGAUGGCACCGCUGCCAGCCUGUCCUCAGUGGAUGGCACCGCUGCCAGCCUGUCCUCAGUGGAUGGCACCGCUGCCAGCCUGUCCUCAGUGGAUGGCACCGCUGCCAGCCUGUCCUCAGUGGAUGGCACCGCUGCCAGCCUGUCCUCAGUAGAUGGCACCGCUGCCAGCCUGUCCUCAUUAGACUGCCCCAACAUCCCUUCUUCCUCAGUAGAUGGCACCGCUGCCAGCCUGUCCUCAGUAGAUGGCACCGCUGCCAGCUACAUGGACCCCAGCCUGUCCUCAGAGUCUGACAUGGAGUUCUUUGAUGGUUUCUGUCUGGGUCCUUCCUCCCUGUACAACUCCCUAAAGGAGUACCAACACAUGGACACCUUCUUUCACUUCCAGUUGCCUAGUUACCCCAGCAGCCAAUCACAGGCCAGCGACCCUGGGGCCUGCCUCCUGGAGUCUCUGAUUGGUCUGUCAGAAUCUGUCCCAGAACCCCCUGCAACGUUCAGACAAUCAAGUGUUUGGAGGAAGCCGUCAGGGGUUAACUAACCGGAACUGAACUGCCACCUGUGUUCUGGGCAGCUAUGUAGUGAAUUAUGGGGGACGGUAGUCCCUGUAAUCAGACUGCUGUUGGAGGAAGCUAUCUAUUCUUAAUGAGAUUCUGUUCUUGCCUUCCAAAUGUUAGCAAAAGCAGUUGGGAUUUAUUGCUGUAUGAAAUGGCAGCGAACAUUUCAUUUGAAAAAGAAGAAAGUGAGACUUAACAUAAAAGUGAACGCUCGAUUGUGUAAUCUGAGUCAUGUAUCUGUGACCAUACACUGAUGCCGUGUGUUGGAGCCAAGCCUGCCCCUCCACACUGACACAACACAGAGGGUAACUGAUGCCGUGUGUUGGAGCCAAGCCUGCCCCUCCACACUGACACAACACAGAGGGUAACUGGUGCUAGUUGCUGUUCUGUUUGGGGAUAUACAACCUGUAAUAUGGUCAAUGAAUCUUUAAACGUUGCUGAAUGUCAACCUCAGGGACUCUUUCUAGCUUUAGGAAGCAGACCGUUUUGUCCAUUGAAGCACUGUGGUGGAUGUUGCUUUUACACACACACACACACAUACAGACAAACCCCCACUAGAAUCACAACGUUAUCAUAACCCCAGCGUCCAUUACGUCUCUGUGCUCCGUCCCAGUUGACUGGAGUUAGGGGGGGUUCGACGGUCAGCCCCUGUGUUUCAUCCUAAAGCUAGAGGCCUCCAUAAGGGUGUCAAAGGACGGUCAGCCCCUGUGUUUCAUCCUAAAGCUAGAGGCCUCCAUAAGGGUGUCAAAGGACGGUCAGCCCCUGUGUUUCAUCCUAAAGCUAGAGGCCUCCAUAAGGGUGUCAAAGGACGGUCAGCCCCUGUGUUUCAUCCUAAAGCUAGAGGCCUCCAUAAGGGUGUCAAAGGACGGUCAGCCCCUGUGUUUCAUCCUAAAGCUAGAGGCCUCCAUAAGGGUGUCAAAGGACGGUCAGCCCCUGUGUUUCAUCCUAAAGCUAGAGGCCUCCAUAAGGGUGUCAAAGGACGGUCAGCCCCUGUGUUUCAUCCUAAAGCUAGAGGCUUCCAUAAGGGUGUCCAAGGCUCUAGUAUGGUACAGCAGUCCCUCUCCGUAAGCUCCUUGGUCAGCACUUUAUCUGUGAAACUGGUCAUGAACCUUAACUUCUUGCUUCUCCAUCUAUGAUUUGACUUUUACUUGUCAUUUUUUUUUAGGUUUUUAUUGUAUGAUUUUCAAUUUAUUUUCAGAUUUAAAAAAGCCUGCUAAACGUAGGUUCAAGCAACAGUUUGAUUUUUAUAAACUGGAAGUGCAAUCUUACUUUAGGUAUCAGGGACUUUGUCCCAAAUGGCACCAUGUUCUCUAUAUAGUGCACUACUUCAGACCAGAGCCCUAUGGAACCCUAUUCCCUAUAUAGUGCACUGCUUCAGA